AUGGCAAUCAAAACACAGUGUCUGGAAAAAGCAUAUGAUAACACCCUGGUGCACACAGCACAGCUUCUUAAUGCUGAGAAAAACCGGCUACUACGCGUGGAACAACUACUCCUUCAAUUUGAAAAUGAGAAUCUGCGAUGGCAGUUGAAUCAUGUCAAUCAGGAAUUGACUAAAACUGCAAGGGUGGAAUCUGAAGUCCGUCUUCAGCUCCAAGCGACUUACCAUGAGCUUGAUCAGCUACGAAGUAUGCAUCGUGCGUCGUCCCACGAAAUAGAGACUCUUCGUCUUGGCUCCCUGACCAAUGCUUCUGUUGAUACAAAAAAGCUCCUCGCAGAAAAACGCCAUCUCUCAAGGGCACUUUUGAGUGCAGAGGCAGACGUUGAAAGGCUAAAGUCCCAAAAGACUUCUCAGCAUACGCUCCUUGCCGAGAAGCGAAAUCUCGAACAACAGGUGGCAACCCUUGAGGCACAACUCGAAAGCGAAAAAAGGGCCCACGGACAAACAUUAGCCAGGCAGUCGCAUAGUGCAGAACAGAUCGCAGCGCUUAGCUCAAGCCUUGAAGAGGCGCGCAAUGAACUCAUGGCUGAGGCACGGGCACGGGAUGGGCGUGAGCGUGUCUUUCAACAACAGAGUAUCGAAUGGGCUGCUCAACGAGCGGCCCUCGAUGCCAAGCUUGAUGCCUUGAAUAAGAAGUUACGUUCAACAAAGGACCAAUACCAGCCCGCUGCUACGGAACGACGACGGCAUGGCACCUCUAAUAAUCAUGAGUCUAAAUUCUCCAGUGCAGAGUCCACUACACAGCACAAUUCUGGUCUAACAAUUGCUACCCCUGGAGCUAUUCGUGCCCAGGACAAGAUAAGUAAAACAUCAACAUUGCCUGGCCAGAAGUCAUCAUUUUCGAUCACUCCGUUUCUGAACCGAACAAACGGGCUUCAAAAUUCAGCUACAAGUUCUGAGGAUGAUGCAGACGAGCUCCACGCAACUCAUAUGACCAGUGGAGUAAAUAAGAAGGCCUCUGAAAAUGAUGUUCAAAGAGGUGGCGAUUCUAAGUAUCAGAGUCAGAGGGCGUCGGUUGAUGAGCUACCUGUCGCCGUAGACACACUACGUCUAGGUCAUGGCAUUUCCAACAGCAGAAAAGGGGGACAAACCCAGAGAAAAUUGGUAGACAAUUCAGAUCCUGAGGGACGAAUGGAAAAUGUCAGCGGUAUAUUUGCCCACUCUUCUAACCAUGGGCAGCCCAAAUCAAAGAAACGUAAACUAGGGACCCAACGCGACAUGGGCUUGUUCGACGAAGAAAAAGACGACGAAGAUGCUCAUGAAAUCAGACGGCCGGGCCGGAAGCUGGUCUUGGGCGGUACAGGGCGAAAUCUUGCUUCCCAAGUAUCUGCCCCAAGUGGCGGUCGCCUUGGACGCGGUCGCGCCUUGGGCGGACUGGGUGAAUUUUCUCCCUUGAAGCGAGACAGGAAACGUUCUUAG